CUGAGUCGCUGCGGAGCCCCAGAUCUACAGAUCAGCUUCAGUUCAGCCUCUCUCUCUGCGCAGUGUGUGCGCCGUCACCACAGCGGACUAGUUUGUCUACACUAGUGCGGUGUAGACAAACAUACGGGCGAGGAUUUGGAUAAUAACUCUCAUUGUUCCGUUUACGUGAUCGCCUGAAGACGGAACUUUACGCAGGGAAACAGCAGGUGAGUCUACGAGGCUACACCUGCAGGAUACUUCUCCUCGCGGAAAUUGAAACCAGUUUGUUUUCUCUUCCCAACUCCACUUGUUGAUGGGGCAACAACAAGCUACUCAAGCAGCCACACCACGGAUAUACACUUAUGCGUAAUUUAGAUAAAAUCCUGUCCAACGGCAGGGCGAGGGAAGUUAUAACCUGUGAGGUUUUGUGGCAGAUUGUGGUGAUGUUUGGCGACCGGUAGCCUGACAUCAGAUCGUAUUACACAGGCUUUCACCGGGGGAGCAGCGGCAUGGGGAACCAGAUGGACAAGCUGUCACAUUUAAGUUACGCAGAAGUUCCCACGGUGGACCCUAACGGCGUGGACACGGAGGAAGGUCCACGGAUUGGUGUCUCUUACAUAUUCUCCAACGACGACGACGAGCUGGAGGAAGGCUGCACGGUCGAUGGCUCGGAUAAGGACCCGAAUAAGGAAGAGAAACAAUACGAUCCGCGCGACGAGGUGGAGUGCGCCGUCUACUACAGAGAUGAGUGCAUUUACGAGAAGAGCGUCAAGUCUGCCAACCUGGAGGUUUACUCCCCGGAGAAUCUACUAAACAAAUGCAAAGCAGGGGACCUGGUGGAGUUUGUGGCCACGGGUCAGUUCCCGCACUGGGCUGUGUACGUGGGGGACUUCCAGGUGGUGCACCUGCACAGAGCCGAGGUGAAAAACAGCUGUUUAACAGAUGCCAGUCAAGGGAGGAGGUGUAGGAUUGUGAACGACUUGUACAAAUUCAAAGCUCUGGGUCCGGACAUGGUGGUGCAGAAUGCGAUGGAGCAAGUGGGGUUAAAGGACCGGGAGCUGAGCUGGAGGAACUCGGAGGGAUUUGCCGCCUGGUGCAGGUUUGGCAAAAGGGAGUUCAAAAUGGGUGGGGAGAUCCGGAUAGGCAAGCAGCCGUACAGGUUGAAAAUAUUCAUGUCUGAGAAACACUCACACGUGUUGGAGUUUCAGAGUUUGGAGGACAUGAUCAUGGAGAAGAGGAGGAACGAUCACCUGGGCAGGAAAGCCGUGCUGAAGGAGCUGGCCACUCACUUCAGCAGCGUGGAGCAGAGCAAAAGCGAGGAGCCAGGCGCAGACUGAUGGCCUCCUGAUGGCCUCCUGAUGCUCUAAAUGAAUUGCUUUGCAAGUAGAGUAGCCUUGACCAAACAUAAACUGUUACACUCUGCUUUAAUCUAUAGCAAGCCUUCACUUUAUUUUUAAUGGAAGCAUCAUUUUAGUCUGUUAACAAUGUUAUUGCCUUAAAGCCUCAAUCAUCAAAAUCCCCCAGAUGCUUCAUGGCCUUAGUAAUUAUGAGUUCAGUUUUCUGGGAAAAAUCGAAUUGAUUGUUUGUAGCUCCGCUCCACCACACAGAAUGUAACGUUUUUAUAGAGCCUUUAAACAUUUAUGUCAAGCUGUCAUGAUUUUGUGAGAAGAGUGAAUGUUUCUUUAUUCAUCGUGUGUCCUGUUAGUUGAUCCUGCUGCAGUUUAACUUCAUCCCUCAGCUCUACCCAGACAGAAAUGUGUCAGAGCUGCUCGCUGAAUACAAGAAGGAUUAUUUCUGCCUUUACAAGGGUUAUUCUCACACCAGCACAUGUUGGAGGAAAUGUUGAGGAGCUGGUGUUACACUGAUCCAAGUUUGUCUUUACUGUACUCACAGUUCAAGUAAACCAUGACCCUGUGUCUUCUUUUGAAAUGAAUAAUCUGUCUUACUGUUUUUCUUUACUUUACAUGCACACGAGUAAGAUAUUCAUCCAUGUCUGUUCAGUCAAUUCAUAUAGAUAUCUGCUGUGUGUUUAAAAUGCUUGUUUUGGCUUCUUUAUAUGAUCUUAAAGUGUUUCUUAGACAGAGUAAUUUGCUGGAAAGACAACACAACAUGUGCUGUGAUCUUCUCCCCUCCCUCCUCUACUGACAUGUUAUCUCCUUCAUGUUGCAGGCCGUGCUCUGUCGUGCUCGUAUCAGACUGAAGCUGGAAUUACCAGAGGCAGCUUUCAGUACUUUGUGUGUUUAUAUGUCUGUAGACAGAUGUUGUCACCACCAUAGCGUCACAACCGUGCAAGAUGCAGUCAUGACACUUUACACGUGUGUAUUUAAGACGAAAAUCAAAGAUGGCUGUGGCCUAAGCAGGGUGACAAAAGUCUGGGGUAGGAAGUGGUGAAGGGGUCUUCCCCCACUUUAAGCCGCUAGUAUGUUAAUCAUCACAAUGCAUGUUUGAUUGAGCUGUGUGCACAGGUUGCUGAUAGGCCAGUUUUUUUAUUUGCCAGAACGUGGCAUAAUGACAUCAGAUAUACAGUCAUAAUAAUGACAAAUUCGGGUUUAGCCUGUUAGCAUAGAAUCAUACCAGUAUAAGCUUGUAUAGGCAGGCAGGCAAAACCUGAAAUGGACCCAACUCUAGGUAAAGCUUAACCCUCCAGCACUACCACGAUUGUUUGCUGAGAUAUUGUGAUGAGUUUGAAUCAAAUCAUAAAGGGUGUAUAAAGCAACAUUCCUCAAUGUUUCUAGCAGCUGCCAUACAGUACAUGAUUUAAUAAUUACAUUACUGCAUUAAAUUGAUAGUAGUAACGGGAAAAUGGCUCAAGUGUUUGGAUGACAAACUUUCAUGAUCGUUUACAUGAACAAAUUAAAAGCGUUUUUAAACCAUCUGCCACCUUAAUGAUUAAACUAUGAUCUGCCUUAAUAUCUAUACACUUUUGUUGUUGAAUCUAAACUCCACUGCAUACCUAUGAAAGGAUUCGAGACAGUAUUUCGUUUUCACUCCAGCCCCAAAGAACACCAGGGAAUAUUGUUGUACAGAGUGUCUCUACAGCCUCAGUGUGAGGAAAUCACAUUGUAUCAAUAAGAGUGCUCAGUGUGCCCUGAUGAUGGCAGUGAUAAGCUUGUUUACUUAUCAUUGGAGGAGGCUAUACUAUCUGCUGUAAUCCACCAAUGAUUCUCUCGCGUCAGAAAGUGAUACUUUUUUCAAAUUUAUGUUUUGUUUUUCUCAUAUGAGUGUAUUCUUAAAGCUUCUUUUGAGAUAAUUGAAAUGCUACCCUCAAGGUUUCCCAACUCAAGAGCUUGUUAUCUUGGUUGAAAAGGAAUAAACAUUGUACAAAUGA